CAAGGGGGUGUUUCCGGUCUUUUCCGGUGUGUGGGCUGUUGUUGGCUGUCAAGCUCACAUUCCUUCCAUUUCUAAUUUGCGUCCCGGAUUGCUUAUUUUUCGUCCUUUUGUUUGUUUCUUUUGAGCCCCUUGAAAUACUUGUGCCCUCCAGCAUGUACAAGGUACAGCCGAUCUGCGGGGAUGACGUCAAGGUUGAUUUGCCCACCUGUAUGUACAAGCUAGCAAAUGUCCACGCAAAGCCGGCGAACAGUUGUACUCACGAACACGCGCUGCAGAAUGGCGAAGUGGACCCCUCUGUCAGAGCCCUGGAGGCCCGUCAGGACGAGAUCAUGCGUAAACUGUACGAGCUGAAGGCGGCCGUGGAGGGCCUGGCCAAGACGGUGACCACGCCUGACGCCGACAUGGACCUGACAGUCAGAGGCAGCCUCUCGUCCCAAAGCUCCAGCUCCUUCCAGGGCGUGGCCGAGCUCGACACGCUACUGGGGAAGGACCUCGGUGCCCUACGUGACAUCGUCAUCAACGCCAACCCGGCGCAGCCUCCGCUCACCCUCCUGGUUCUUCACAAGAUGCUGUGCCAGCGCUACCGGGUGCUCUCCACCGUCCAUGUCCACUCUUCAGUCAGCAGCGUGCCGCCUCAGCUCUUAUCCUGCCUCGGCCCGCGCCAUCCGGACAGCUACGCCCGGCAUCUCUUCCAGUUAGGCUUCACCCUCAUAUGGAAAGAGGUCCCCAAACUGCAGAUGAAGUUCAGCGUUCAGAACAUGUGCCCCGUGGAAGGCGAAGCCAGCGUGGCGCGCUUCCUCUUCAAGCUGCUGGCGCCGUACCCGUCCGACGCGGCGACGGCCACCCUGGUGGACAGCUGGGUGGACACGGCUUUCCACCAGCUGGCCGAGGGCGGCGCCAAGGAGCGGGCCGCCGUGAUGCGCACCCUCAACUUGACCCUGGGCCGUGGGCCCUGGCUGGCCGGGCGCGACGUCUCCCUGGCCGACGUGGCGUGCUACUGCUGCCUACUGCUCGCCGGGUCCGCCUCCCCGGCACCCGCCAACGUCCAACGCUGGCUCGAGUCCUGCGAGAACCUGGGCCACUUCGGCCCCGCCAAGGUACUCCGACAGUGACCCUGACCUCUGGCGAGGAGGGCAAAGUGAGAGAAAAACGAGCCAUGUUAGGAACACCUUCUCAUGCUUACCUCUUGAAUAAUGUCACUCUCGACACUGAAGCACAUGCUGGUCUCUUUCUGGCAUGAAAAAGGGAGAGGAGGCACAUGAGGAUUGUGACGACAGGGACGUUCGAAUACCUUUUACCCACUUUGUGCCUACCAAAAUAAAUACCAACUGUGGCAAACAUGAAGAUCUGUUUAAUAAAUCUAUCUGAAGGCAUUUAAACAAA